GGCGUGCUUGACGCUCAGCUUUCACGGUUCAGCCUUUUGUUCUCCGUUACUCCGUUCACCCCGUGAGGCGUGAGCUCUCCCUGUGUCUUGGCGACGACUGAGCGACCGACGACGCAGCCGUAGGCCAGGGGCCCAGGUCUUCCUCCUCUGGUCCUUCGCCGGCGACGAGCACCCGUCAGGUUUCUCUGAUAUUCCGAUGGCCUAGCAGUUACUGUGGAGGAUGUUCGUUUGUGUUUAUCAUUUACUUGGUCUUGUUCGGGGCAACAACAACAUUGGGAACAAGCGUACAGGAGACAAACAUUAAAAUGGGAAGGAAAGGCUCAGAAGUGUCACCAAGUAACAGGUAUCCCUUGAGGUCUGCGCAUAGUAGUGGUAGAGUUCUUCGCUCUGCCUCAGCCAAUGAUAAUAAGAACAGUGAGCCUCUGAAUGCUGCUGCUGCUACCCAAGCCACUGUGAAAAAAAGAAGUGGCAGUCAGUUGGAUAGUCCUAAUAGCAGUGUCAGGUUGCUUCGCUCUACAUCUAAAAAUAAGGAAGAGGCACGUAGUGGGCCUCUAAAUGACAGGAUCCCAGCUAAGCCAGCUGCAAAUAAAAGAAAACAUGCCAGUCCCUCACAGGUGGGAAGUCCCAGCAACAGUGUCAGGGUGCUUCGCUCUGCAAUAAAAAAUAAAGAUGAGGCAUGCAGUGAGCCUCUAAGUGACAGGAUCGCUGAUGAGCCAGCUGCAAAUAAAAGAAAAAACGCCAAUCCUUCAAAUGUGGGGAGUCCGAGCCGUGAUGUGAGGGUGCUUCGGUCUGGUUCAAAAGUUAAGGAUGAGACAUGUACCAAGCCUUUAAAUGAUAGCGCUGCUGUUGUACCAGCUUCAAGUAAAAGGAAAGGCACCAGUCCGUCAAAGGUGGGAAGUCCCAGCAGUAGUGUCAGGGUGCUUCGAUCUACAUCAAAAUAUAAGAAUGAGACAUGUACUGAGCCUUUAAAUGAUAGUGGUGCUGUUGAACCAUCUGCAAAUAAAAGGAAAGGUGUCAGUCGUUCAAAGGAGGGAAGUCCCAACAGCAGUGUCAGGGUGCUUCGCUCUGCCUCAAAUAAUAAGCUUGAGGUAUCUAUUGAUCCUCUAAAUAAUAGUAUUGCUGGUCAACCAGCUGCGAAAAGAAGAAAAAGUGGUAGUUCCUUCGAGGCAGGAAGCCCUGUGGGGAGUGCCAGGGUGCUUCGCUCUACCUCAGAAAGGAAGAAUGAGGCAUCUAGUGAGCCUUUGAAUGAUAGUACUGCUGCUCGACCAUCUGCGAGGAAAAGAAAGGGUGGGGCGAUUUCAAAGACCGAUAGUCCAAAGAUUGGUGUCAGGGUUCUUCGCUCUGCCUCAGCAAAGAAGAAUGAGGCAUGCAGUGAGCCUGUAAAUGAUAGUACUUCUGCUGAACCAACUGUGACAAAAAGAAGAAUUUGCAAGCCUUCAAAGGACCGCAGUCCCAAGAAGGACUACUUAAAAAUUUGUCAAAGAGUUAGAUAUAUUUUGAACCGAAUGAACUAUCAACAGACCUUUAUUCAGGCUUAUGCAAGUGAAGGUUGGAAAGGCCAAAGUGUGGAAAAAAUAAGACCCGAGAAGGAGCUUGAACGAGCCAAGGAAGAAAUCCUCCAAUGCAAGCUAAGAAUCCGGGAAGCUUUUCGAAAUAUGGACUCUCUUUUAUCCAAGGGGAAGCUUGAAGAAUCUUUGUUUGAUUCUGCAGGAGAAAUUUCAAGCGAAGAUAUAUUUUGUGCGGUAUGUGGUUCAAAGGAUGUUACUUUACAAAACGACAUCAUUCUUUGUGAUGGAGCCUGUGACAGAGGAUUCCACCAGAACUGUUUGAACCCUCCUUUGCUAACUGAAGAUAUACCUCCGGGGGAUGAAGGAUGGCUUUGCCCUGCAUGUGUGUGCAAAGCAGACUCUAUUGAUGCACUAAAUGAACUUCAAGGAAGCAAGCUCUCUAUUCAUGACUCAUGGGAGAAAGUUUUCCCUGAGGCAGCUUCAAUUGCCAAUGGUUCUAAGCAAGUUGAUGCUUCUGAUCUGCUGCCGGAUCAUAUAAAGGACAGUGACAACCUUGCAUUGGCUGAAGGGCACAUGGUGAAUGAAGUCAGGUUUUCUGCAGAGGAUGACACCAAAGCGGAUGACCUUGGCUUGCCUUCGGAGGACUCAGGGGAUGGUGACUUCGAUCCAGCAGGUCCAGAUUCUAGUGAAGACCAAAAAGAUGGAUUGAACUCAGAAGAGUCAGAUUUCACAUCCGACUCUGAUGAUUUUUGUGCUGAGAUUGCUAAAUCUUGCGGCCAGGAUGAAGUCUUGGCAUCUCCAUUAUCAAAUGUGAUAAACCGUACUGAUAGAAUGAAACUCAGGGCCGCCGGUAACCGCUCUAAUGAAGAAAACCACAAUAAUGCAUUUAUGGACAUGGAGCUUCCAGUUUCAAGCAGGCGGCAGGUUGAACGGUUGGAUUACAAAAAACUAUAUGAUGAGGCAUAUGAGGAAGAAUCAUCUAAUUCAAGUGAUGAGGAAGAGUGGUCUGGAAAAGAACUAUUAGAAGGCAGUGAAACAGAUUCGCUUGGUGAGCGACUUCGUCCUGUAAAACGGUGCUCUAGAAAAGCACCAGCAGGGCAGCAGAAUAUUGAACAUACACCACAGAAGUUUGGUCCUGAAAGUGAGCAGAAAACUGAAAUUCUUCGGUCCAAUGGCAGCAGUAGCACAGGACGGAAGUUUGGUCCUGUAGUUACCCAGAAAUUGAAGGUACAUUUUGAGAAAGAUCCAUAUCCUAGCCGUGAAACGAAAGUGAAUCUAUCAGAAGAACUAGGCUUGACAUUUAAUCAGGUCUCCAGAUGGUUCUCUAGUACUCGUCACUAUUCAAGGGUUGCUUCUGCAAAAAAGGAAAUGCAUCCUGACAGCCAUAUUAGUGAGAAUAAUGAUAGCACAACUGUAGACAGAAUGCAAGCAAGACAACCCAGUGCUGGGGUGAUGGAAAAGUUGACUAGGGAUAGAAAUGACAUUGUUCCUGAGAAACCGAUGGUGCAGAACAAUCUUAACCAAGGAGUGAUGGAAAAGUUGAUUAGGGAUAGAAAUGACAUUGUUCCUGAGGAACCGGUGGUGGAGAGCAAUCUUAACCAAAGUAAUAUUGAAGAUAUCGUGCUUUCUGGAACAGAAAUUGAGAUGGAGUCUUACGGACAAGAAUCAUCUGACUCGAGUGAUGAAGAGUGGUCCGCAUUUAGCACACCACGAAAAACAAGAUUACAAGACAAUGAAAAAGCAUCACUUACUGAAUCACUACGUUCUUCAAAACGGUGUUCCAGAAGAGCAGCAGCUAGGGAGCAGAAUAAUGAACAUACUCAGAGCGAGCAGCAAACUAGAGAGCAGCUUCAUGGUUCUGCAAGGGAGCAGCAAACUGAAGUUCUUCGCUCCAAUGUCAGCACUGGCAAAGUCUCAAAAUAUCAUUUUGGCCCUAUAGUUAGUCAGAAACUGAAGGAACAUUUUGAAAAAGAUCCAUAUCCUUGUCGCGCAACGAAAGAGAGUCUGGCACGAGAGCUAGGACUGACAUGUAAUCAGAUCAGUAAGUGGUUCUCUGCUACUCGUCAUUAUUCAAGAGAUGCUGUUGCCAAGAACCAAAAACAUCUGGGAGAAAAUACUACGGAGAAUAAUAAUAGCACAACCUUUGAUGGCAUACAAGUACUUGAACCCAAUGUUGGGUUGAUAGAUAAACCAGCUGCAGAUAUAAAUGAUAUGAUUUCUGAAAAGUUGAUGGUCCAAAUUAAUCUUAACGAAGGCAUUGAAGAAGAUAUCCCACCGAGCCAAUAUACUAGGUGUGAAGAGAAAGUAACUAUGACUCCAGCUGCCAUCUCAACGGAAGCUGGUCCUCCAGGAUAUGGUCCUGGAGAAAACUUUCUUCAGGUCAGUUCAAGGAAUACUAGCUGUGAGCAGAGUGUGAUAAUGGCUCCUACCACUAUCGCAGGAGAAGUUAGUCCACCAGGAUAUGCACUUGGAGAAAACCAGGGCAAUGGGGCUCCAUGGAAUACAAGCUGUGAGCGAAGACUGUUUAUGAGUCCUGCGACCAGCUCAAGAGAAGUCGGUCCUCCAGGAUAUGAGCCUGAAGAAAACCGAGGCAGUGGCAUUUCCUGGUAUACAAGCAGUGAGCAAAUAUUGUUUAUGAGUCCUACAACUAUCUCAAGAGAACUUGGUCCACCAGGAUAUGGGCCUGGAGAAAACCAGCGCAGUAUCACUUCAUGGAAUACAAGCUACGAGUCGGGAGUAUUUACGAGUCCUGUGACCACCUCAAGAGAAGACGGUCCACCAGGAUAUGGGCCUGGAGAAAACCAGGAGAAUGACAGUACGAGCUGUGAGUUGAGAAUGUUUACAAGUCCUACAACCAUCUCCAGAGAAGUUGGGCCACCAGGAUAUGAGCUUAUUGGUAAAAACAAGGGCAACGACACUUCAUGGACUACGAAUUACCAGCAGGGAGUGUUUACGAGUCCCAAAACCAUCUCAAGAGAAGCCUGUCCUCCAGGAUUUGGGUCUGGGGAGAACCAGGGCAAUGGCACUCCAUGGUAUAUGAGCAGCAAACAGAGAGCGUUUACGAGUCCAUCAUUUACGAGUCCUACAACCAUCUCAAGAGAAGUAGGCCUGCCAGGGUAUGGACAGGAAAAUCAGGGCAAUGGUGCUUCUUGGAAUAUGAGUUAUGAGCAGGGAGUGUUUAUGAGUCCUACAGACAUCUCAAGAGAAGUAGGCCCGCCAGGAUACGGGCCUGCGGAAAAUCAGGGCAAUACCACUUCGUGGAUUUCGACCGGCAACAAGCAGAGAAUGUUUACCGCUUCAACCAUCCCGAACGAAGUCGGCCUGCCAGGAUAUAGCCCUGUAGGAAUCCAGGGAACUGGUGGUUCAAGGAGCAUGAACUUGGAAGCCUUUCCACCAGGAUAUGGACCUGGAGAAAACCAUCUUGGUGGUGCUUCAGGGAGUGUCAUAAACCCCCAAGCUCGGUCUCAAGAGAGUGUAGAAUUUUCAGACGAGACUAGAAGAAAGGCUAUACAGCGGGAGCUGAGACGGCGGCAGAAGUUCAGGUGAUGCCGUGAUGUGAACUUUUGAUCCUCCGCAUCGAAUUUUGACUACGGAUUACUUUAAGACUACAUAUCCAGUCUUGAUGGCUGAAUGAGUGACGACCUUAGUUGUCGAGAAGCAAAAACCCUUUGUUGUUGUAGCAGCUGCGUAUGUGUUUCUUUUAGAGACUUGCUUGGCUUGUCAAUAAUUUCUUAUGUGAACCUCUUGAACCUGAAGUAUUCAACGUGCUUGUGAAUUUGUGCAGUUGCCUUUCUUCUGCAUGAGAGCCCAUGUUAUCUGGGUUGCACACUUGCACGGCAUGCGAUUUGACAUUGCUAGAAGGGUCAGAUAAUACUGACCCAGGGACCUUA